AUGGGCAAGGAUCAAGAGCUGUUGGAAGCAGCACGCAAUGGAAACAUCUCUGUGGUGGAGAAAAUACUCAGUCAGAGAGCGAAAAGGAGCGGCCCAUUGGCAAGCCUGCGGAGGGGACCAGGCGCCAACGUACAGGAUGCCAGCGGUUACUCGGCGUUGCACCACGCCGCCCUCAACGGACACAGGGAGGUGGUGCAGCUGCUGCUGGCGCACGAGGCGUCGACCAACAUCGUGGACGGCAAGGGCUCGUCGCCGCUGCACCUGGCCGCGUGGGCGGGCAACGUGGACAUCGUGCGGCUGCUGCUCUGCCACGGACCCUCCGUGCCCAACGUUAACCUCACCACGAAGGACAACGAGACGGCGUUGCACUGCGCGGCGCAGUACGGGCACACGGCGGUCGUUGGGCAGCUGCUGGAGCACGGCUGUGACCCCGCCAUCCGGAACAGCCGCGAGGAGACCGCGCUCGACUUGGCCGCGCAGUACGGCAGACUGGAGACUGUGGAGCUGCUGGUGAGGACGCACCCGGAGCUGAUCCAGCCGUACACGUGUCCAGGCGCUGUGUUCCCACACACGCCGCUCCAUCUCGCCAGUAGGAACGGCCACAGGGCGGUGGUGGGCGUGCUGCUGGCGGCGGGCAUGGCGGUGAACGCGCGCACCGCGGCGGGCACGGCGCUGCACGAGGCCGCCAUGUACGGCAAGCUGGAGGUGGUGCGCGCACUGCUCGCCGCCGGCGUCGACGUGUGCGCCCGCGACCAGCGCCGACACACCGUCAUGGAGCUGCUGGGACAGUUCCCCGCGCACGUCACGCACGACAUCGCCGCCAUCAUCAGCCGACACCGCGAAACCGGGGGCGGCAGAUCGGGCAGCGACGACCUGCCGCCCAUCCCUGUGCCGGACACGUCGCUGGGCAGUCCCUACGAGAACGUGCGCACGCCGGGCCGCGGAGGAGGCGGCGGUGGGGGCGGUCUGCGGGGGCAGUCGCCCGCCUCCUCUCCCGGCACGUCGCCCACGCACUGGCACUACUACCGCGACGCCGACGGCGCGCCCCCGGAGCGCGAGCGCCGCGUCUCCGGCCUGUCCAGCGCCUCCGCGGCCAGCGACGGGGGGAUGUACCAGACGCCGCCACCGCCGCCCAAGUCGCUGCCGGACAGCUUCCUGUCUGCUGAGGAGGGCGACCGGAUCAGCGUGUCUUCGUCCAGCAGCCUCUACAUGCCCAUGUGCGGCUCCGGCGGUGGACACGCCAAGGUCUCGCCGACGCCCCCGAAGAAGCCGCCGCGGCGCAACCUGUCGGUGUCGCCGACGCACGCGACGCCGCCGGCGCUGAUGAGCCUGUCUGCGGACAGCGGCGGGUGCCGCGCGCCGCAGGGCCACAACUACGAGUACCUGUACCUGGCGCGCAGCGGCCGCAGCCACGGCGACCUGCGGCGCGGCCGCUCGGCCGACCAGUACGUCGACAUGCGGCCGCCGGUGGCGCUGCUCGCCACCUCGGCGCACGAGGCGGGCGCCGGCGGGCUGCCGCUGCUGCGCGCCCAGAACCCGCGCCGCAAGCUGCGCCGCAGCCACCACUACGAGAACUACGAGCCGCCCGCGACCGCGGCCGCCGCCGCGCCCGUCACCGUGUACGCGGGCGGCGGCCGGGGGCGGCUGGCCGCGGCGGCGGCGGCGGCGGCGCGGGACCGCGAGGCGGAGGACGGCAGCCUGGCCGACGCAGAGGACGCGGCCGCGGGCGCCGACGAGCCGGCCGGCUCCACGUUCGUGUCCAACGCCUACAUCACGCUGCGGCCGUCGCAGGAGAGCCUGGCGGACGCGGGGGCGGAGGCGGCGGGCGCGCGGCCCCUGCAGACGCCGCUCAGCCCCACGCACUACCAGCAGCCGCCCACGCCCGACCACCCGCCGCCGUCGGCGCUGCAGGCCGAACGCAGCAUUCACGAACGCAUCCGGCCGCUCUCCCAGGAGUACAAGCGGCGGUCGCGCGACAUGGAGACGGAGACGGAGGAGGAGCUGCUGCUGUGCCCGUCGCUGGCCGCCUCCUCGGGCAGCCUCUCCAGCAGCGUCUCGCUCUCCGACAAGAGCGUCUCCACCGACAACAACGUCGAGGAGUUCCUCGCCGACGCGCCCUUCGCCGGGCUGUACAAGGGGUCGACGGCGCAGGGCGUAGAGUGCGGGACGCGCGCCGAGCGGCCUCGGACACUCCGCCGCCUGCGCAGCGUGUACGAGGGAGGCGGCGCCGGAGGCGGCGUCGGGGGCGGCUCCGCGGGCGCCGCGGACGCCGGGGCCACCGCCAACGGCCGCGCCUCUGGCGAAGACGCUGACAAGCCCAGUGCCGGCUCGCUGUCCAUCUUGAGCCCGUUCGACGAGCAGGAGGAGUGGGCUAAGAUCUCGGAGAUCAUGGCUUCGUUUGGCACCGGGCUCGUCCGCGAGUCCGUCUUCGUCAGCGAUCUCGAGAAGGAGUUUCAGAGCAGGCUCGGCCUGCACAGCCCGGGCGGCGUGCAGACGCCGGUCGGCGAGUGGCUGGCCUCGCUGGGGCUGGCCGGCUACGAGCCCGUGUUCCUGUCCAGCGGCUACGACGACAUCGACUUCAUCAACGGCGUGCUGGAGGAGCGCGACCUGAAGGAGAUGGGCGUGGACAGCGAGCGCGAGCGGGCGACCAUCGUGCGUGCGGCGCAGUCGCUGCCGUGCCGCGUGGCCGCGGUCGCCGCCGCCGCCGCGACGCCGCCCCCGGGCGCCGCCCCCGGGGGCCCCUCCGGUGAGGUGGACGCGUGGCUGUCGUCGCUGCGGCUGGACUGCUACCGCGACACCUUCCGCCGCCACCUGUACUGCGACAUGGCGCGCGUGCGCCGCGUCUGGGAGGUGGAGCUGUCCGCCGUGCUGGACAUCGGCCGCGUCGGCCACCGCCGCCGCAUGCUCGCCUCCGUGGGCGGCGCCAGGCCGCCCGACCUCGAGGGCCUCAGCGCAGACCUCGACCAGCUGAAGAGCAACAUCCAGCAGCUGAAGGACGAGAUCCGCGAGAAGCUGCCGGCGUCGGCCGCCUCCGCCCCCGCGCCGCCGUGCGGCACGCUGGGCCGCCCCCGCAAGGCGCGGCCGGCGCCGCAGCCGCCGUCCGACCUGAGCAUCCGGGAGCCGGCGCAGCUGCUGGUCGGCGUGCCGUCGGCGCUGACCACGCGCUGGCGACACCGGCCGCACGCCCUCGUCUCCGGAGCCGUCACCUACGUCGCCAACUACCUGGGUUCGACGCUGGUUAAGGAAUUGCGUGGCACCGAGUCGACCAAGAAGUCCAUCCAGAAGCUGAAGAAGACGCCACGGGAGUCUCGUACCACGCCCGACAUCGCGUUGUGCAUCUCGUACCGCGGCGUCAAGUUCCUCAACACCGUCACCAAGGAGCUGGUCUGCGAGCACGAGAUCCGCAACAUCCACUGCGCCUGCCAGGACGCUGACGACAUGACGCACUUCGCCUACAUCACCAAGGACCACGGCAGCUCCAGCCACUUCUGCCACGUCUUCUGCGUCGACACCAUGGACCAGGCGACGGAGGUGAUCCUGACGCUGGGCCAGGCGUUCGAGGUGGCCUACCAGAUGGCACUGCGCGACCAGCUGACUCCGCAGCACAACCACCACCACCACCCGCACCUCCACCACCACAAGCAGCAGCCGCACCUGCAACAGCAUCACCACAACAGUGCCGGGGUCAAUUCUAACAACAACAACAAUAAUAACAAUAACAACAACAACGGGCACACCCGGUCGCAGUCGGCGUCGCAGCCGCCGGCGUCGUUGGCGGUGCAGCCUCCGCCUCAAGGCCACUCGCGUUCUCACUCGGCCAACGACAUCAAGGUGGGCGCCUCGCCCCACGCCGCCCCCGCCGCCGCUUCCACCCCCGGCGCGACCUCUCCCGCCCCCGAGGCCCUGGCCGAGGAGCUGUAGCCCCGUCUGCAGCGUCGGCGCGCCGUCCGCCGGAGGCGGCGUCGACCACUCCGGACGGCUGCCCCCGGCGCCGCCCCCGCCGCCGCUCAGCUGAGGGCCUGCUGACGCUACCAGCCGCCGACGAGUCACGGCCUCACUGCGCUUGCGACAUCUACUUGCUGUCACUGCUCGACGUGCAAUUCGCACUGUAAUCUGGCAAUGGUUCCUGGUGCGGAUCAGAGUAUGUGCUGUGUUCCAGAAAUAUCCAACUUCAGUGUGUCACAAAAGAUUACAUUCCUGACGAACCCUGUACGAUUUUGAGUGUUUACUGGGGAUUGUAGAAACGCCCGUAUCCAAUGCGUCUCAAAAAAAGCCGAAAUCGUCGGUGCCGCAUUCACAACGAAAGCUACAUGUCUUCAGAGAAGAUAUCGAUGUUCUACCAGUCUUACUUUGUAUCCAUAUGAGCCCCAUUUUGUAGUAUUUAACUCAGGAUAUAAACGAUACCAGUGACUUAAAAAUGUGGGAGGCAAAAUUUUGAAAUACAAAAACCUCAACGACGCACAGGGACUGUCAAACAAGUAGGAAAUCCUAUUCUACCGAAAUUCCGACUACAUCACGUACAAUUUAUAUAUAUGAUAUAACUCAGUAAUGUUAUUUCUUUUCCAUAAUCAAAGAGAGAAAUGAUACGGUCAACUUCGUCACCGAAACGACUGACCCCGAUUAAUGAAGCUGUCAUUAAAUUUGAGCAUCCGUUUUGAUAUUAUUCUGCGCUCCUGCGUUCAUCAGAUGCAUUAAGUACACGUAGAGAAGUAUUUCCUUCAGCAGUUUCACCAGUUCUCAUGAAUAUCAGAUUCCACCUACAAAAGCCAACGACAAAAGGUCCACCAGAAGGAAACGAACAGGGCAGUAAUGUCUUUGAUUCUCUAGUCCAAAUAACUCUGUAGGACGCAUAGAUAAAUUGUCUCUGCUUUUCGCUAAAGGCGUCAUUAUUCUCAGUAACCGUCAAUAUCUGUGAAAAAUAAUCUUCAUCUCCUUCUUACUGCUCCAUUCCUUCUGUCAAACAGCAAUACUAGUAUCACGUGCAGUGCUGUUUUUAAUGAUCAUCCCCCAGUUGUAGCUUCCUCGCUGAGUGCUAUGUCCUUCGUUUGCUCUGAUCGUGACUUUCGUUCUCGGUUAAGGACCCUCUGCAGUUAUUAUCAGAUACACACAUCAUCUUUCUGAAAAUUUAUGGGGUCUGUUCCGCCGGCGUAUGUGAUAACAUCAUACAGAGGCCACUUUGAUUUAAUCUUCUAAUUCCUCGCAGUUUGUCAGAUUUACUAUUUCCUGUACUACAUUUCAGCGGCACUGAAGCAUUCAUCAUUACAUCCGUCUUAAAGGUUUUUAUUGAUAAAGGAAAUAAUUGGUCUCUCAUAAUCAAUUUUAUUCAUCCCACUGCAGCAGAUGUCUGGACUGCAAAACAAUGACAUGAUAACAUUUGUAAUAACGAACCUUCCCAGUAAUCUAUGUGUAAUACCGAUGCAUUAAUUUCGCUAGCAGUCUCAUAACGUGACCUCGUAACACGCAGAAUACAUGGCAUUUACAUUCAACUCUUUCACAUACUUACUUAUUUCACCUACGUCUGUCAUUUGUAUCUUCAGUCUCACCUUUCAAACCCGUCUCCGGGUUCAGUUAUCCAGAAGUCAUAAUAAACGGGUGGUUCUUCAAGAAUUCAUACUGGAUCAUUUGCUUUCGCUUCUUUAUUUUAUGCUGAUCAUUUACUCAGGUAAUCUGUGCGGAGACAUAUCAAGUGGAGUAAAGAUGAUGUCAGCUUCUAUAGCUGACUUCUAGAGUCCAACCGUCUCAGCCUCUUUGAUUUCUGUGCACCUGGCCAAAGGUUUUAGGUGCUGGCGUAUGCCACACUCUAAAUAGAGAACUGUACAUAAUUUAAUUACUAAAAUGAUCGGUUCCAGUUUUAACCUCAAUGCAGAAUCAAAAUGAACUAUAAGGCCAUUUUAAACUGCCGUUACGUUAGUAAUUAUGUAAAAGCAAGCAAUAUUAACUGAUUUGGUCGGGUAACGACGAAAUUUCAGCAAAACAUAUCACAUUUGAAAUGUACUGAGUAAUCACUGCCCGUACCAGAGCUUCACUUAACAGUUAUUUUUAAAAAACCAAAUUUUUUCGAGAAAGAUGCACGCACACGAGGCACGUCAGAUUUAUUUUUAAGCUAAAGUUCUCCCGGUAGUCUAUGGGAAUAUCUAGUAACAGUACGCCGACGCGGGACUGCAUCGCGAUCUUGUUUUCCAAUAGUCACAACGCGUACCGCUCCCAUCUGCUGGUGUAUUGUGCUAAGCUAAUUACGCUUGUAGGUUGUGUACUCGGCUAAAUUGAUCUGAUUGUUGUUUGUGGUACCCCUGUUUGCCAGCCUGAAUACCAGAUUAUGUUUUAGGGUAAUCCGUAUUAAACACCAGGGGAUUAGAGCUAGAACUUAUCAUCAAAACGUGCAAUGCGUAUCAAUUCUCGGAAAAUGCAGAGUAACAGCGCAGCAGUUUUCUUUCUUUGUUUCGGUUUUAGUGUUGAUCAGAAUAAAUCCUUUCACUGUCGAAAGAAAAAUAUUCCUCCUCGCAUACCUGCCAUCAUAUCUGGAAGCUAAAAUCUUUUUACUCAUUGAUCUUUUGUGGUGGACCACUCACUAUUUGAAAUGUGUUCUUCCAAUUGUCGUUCUGAAACCACACAGAAGUUUGUCAGCCAAGUGAAAACGUUUCUUUAAUGCUUCAUUCCUACACACUAUUUGUUUCUGCUACGUCCGAAUUGUUUACGCCACCGAAAAUUGUUUUUUCAUUCAAAGGUGUGUAGUAUUUCUCCGUAGGCGGUUCAUGUUACUAAAUCUACUCAAUGCAUCUUCCUCUUACAAGAAACCAAAGUUCGCACGACUACUUCCAGGUAUAAGUUGCUUGUAUGUCUGACUGUUUUUGUCCUGAGGCGGCCACAUUAUAUGGUUAUUUGUUGGUUAAUGUUCUACGUCUUACGUGGCGUAAUCCUAUAAUCCUUCCCAUAUCAUCAUCAUCCCCACAUUAAAAAGUUCGUAUAAACAGAAUCUGAUUGUUCCCAUAAAGAUAUAUGCCCAUGUAUGGAAGCGCAGUGGCGGUAAAGAAGCUUAUUGUGCUGUAUUAUCAGACGUAAAAAGCAAGCUAACUAUAGAUUUUCCAAUAACUAAACUCUUUAAAAAGCUGUUUUAUCUCCCUGCUUCUAGCAACUGACACUACUGGAAAAUACCUCAACGUAAAAAAAGUGAAUGUGAAUUUUCAUUUAUAAAUAUUUGUUUACAUCUAACAAGACUCUGACUAUACUAACUGUAAAUCUACUACUGUCCAUCAGAUGUUAGACUCUGUUCACUGUGUGAAGAGUGACACCGAUCCACUACGUACUGAUUCAGAUACACAUUCCAUUUUAUACGCUAUUAUAAUGAUGACCAAUCAACACACUACGGUAUUUCUAAUAGAGAAACACAACAAGACGGAUUUUUAUUUUUUGCGCGAGUAACAGUGUGAUCAGUUAAAUUAUUGUAACAAAGAGAAGCGACGGUAUGUAUUCCAUUUCCGUGGCUUUGAGAAACAAAACAAAUAAGCAUAUAAAAAAAUUUCUCGAAAGAGAUCGAAGGAUAAAACGCCUCAUGUGAAACAUUUCCAACAAAAGCAAGGUAAUAUUUGGGGCCACGCUAAUUCGAGCAUUUAAAAUCGCAUUUAUAAGAAAGACAAUGAGUGAUACUGGGUUUUGUGUAUUACACGAUUUUCUUCUGAUGUAUACGACGUGUGCGUAAUACUUUAGACGCAGCGUCUAUGUGGUAACCUCGUGAUUCUUUUGUUCGCAACAAAGUGAGUGUCAGAACACUCAGCCGCUUCUCAGUCAACGUAUUUUUAAUGAACAUUUCAGUUUCGUGUCAAAAGAUCUUCAUAAAUGCACAACCCUUACUUUUCUGCAUUAUUUUUUGGGGUAGGGAAGGGGUAAAUUUAAUUUAUGCUUAUGUAGCAAAUCAAUAUUAGUCCGUUUCCUUUCUAUAUGUUCUCUGCGUGUAGGUAUGUCCUUCCUGGCAGCUUAGCUGGAAAACACUUUUCCUUCGAUAUAACUGUAAAUUUGUUUUGUUUCAUAAUUAUUUACUGUGAGUUUCCUUCACUGCGAAUCAUCAGUAAUCAGUAUUAUAAUGAAUAAAUCGUCUUUUAUUUCUAUGUGAAAAAUCCCUUACACGUUAGAGUGUAGAAUACGAGUUUGAGUAAGUUGUAUGAAGCUUGGUUUAAUUAUUAUUACGAUACCUCGUAAAGGUACGAUGUAAUGCAAUAGUAGAAGGUAUUUCAAAAGUGGUAUAAAACACCGCAAUUUUCCCAUAUUGAGAUUAUUUAGGUUAUUACCCACAAGAUGAGUAAUUGAGUUAAGUAAGUAAAGUUUGAUACAUAUCUAGUUUUCCAUCCAUAUUCCAAUAUUAAUGAUCAUAUAUUUUUAACAAUGGAAGUUAGAUUUUCGGAAAGCGCUCUUAGUAUUAGAAACAUUUAGUAUAUUCUGUGUGAAGUGGUUACUGCCAUCCCAUAUUUCGUUAUUUUACGACACGCAUACUCAUUUCAAAAAAGUAAUUUCCUUGCAUUUAAAUAAUCGGUACUUGUCGACAGACAUGUAUAGAGACUGAUACAAAAUGUGGUAGACUUCCCCUUGAAAUAACUUAGGAACCUAAGUAAUUAAGUCAGGAGGACCGUGUGUUGCUGCUUCCAUCAAGGUUGGUGACCUCUGGCUGUAGCAAAUGUCACAGGCAGCUCUCCUUUACUUUAGCGAAAAGAAAGUUAAUGUAGUGACAGAGAUAUAUUUCUGUGGUAUUAAUCGGCAAGUACCAAGUGCUUUUUCAGAAAUAUUAAAUGAUGGGUUAGAUAAUUAUCAACAAUUGUAUGUAAGCUUCUGAAGCGAUACAGCUUGUUGUGUAUACCAAAAUUUUAAAUGAUAACAUUAACUGCUAUAUAUUGUUGCUGAUAUGUGAAUAAAAGAGUAUCUCAUAUAUGUAGGUGAAAGUGAGCUUUAGCAUAAUAAAGUUGCAUUGCCUCUUUGAUGCGUGUGCUGCAUGUAAGGAGAGGUCUAUUAAAAACAAAUAAAAAAUAAAAAGCUUUACAAUGCACAAACAAAAUGCCAAAUUUGUAUAUACGUAAACAGCGUUAGAGGCUGUAAUAGUGGCCCAUGCUUGUAAAAAGUUAUUAGCUCUAUGUUAUUCUGCACCACAAGUUCCUCUUUAAUUUCCUCUUGUAUUUGUUAUAUGUCAAUGACUUACCAUUACUCUUUCUGUUUAUUCUGACGCUAGUCAGAAUACCAAAAUCAGUGCUUUAGUUUCAUUGCAUUGCCAUGUAGGCAUUAAACAAAUAAUAAACGGUAUUGUCAGUUUGACGGGAGCAACUAUUUUGUGUUCUACUGAAGACUGUUCUAGCUUUAAAAAAUUGUGUAAUGUCUGCUGAGUCAUCGAUAAAGUAAUGUUGAUAUUUAAAUUAUAUUGCUGUGAGUAUCUGAAGUUUAACUUGUUUGAAAAAUGUAUUUGAGUGGGAUGGUUUAUGUGAAAGAAGUUCCUUGUCAACAGACAUCUCUAACAAAUUAUCAAUAUUAUGAUGUGUGAUUUCUUAAACGUGGUUCUCAGGUCUACGUGAAAAUGGUACAGAAGUAUUUCAUAUUAUCAGCCUGAGCUGUAAGACAUUUGCUCAUGAUCUAUUUAGUAUUCAUUGUGUGUUUAUGAAACUCUUUCAAUCUUCAUAUAUCUUACACUACAUUCUGAAGCUACUGUACAAUAAUCUUUUUCUCUUGUGACUUUACUAUAGUUUUAUCUAAUUACUAUUUCGAUUUUCAAAUAACGUCUGCAGCUCUUGGAUAAUGAUAAUUACUUUAUCUGGACGUUUAAGUGCAUGUGUUUACUUUACACCGAAUUUAAUGUACAGAGUCAAUAGUGUGUGGUAGAAAGAUGAAGUGAUUGUAUUAAAUGAAGUAAAGCUCUCUCUCUGUUUGUGUGUGUGUAUGUGCGUGCGUGCGUUCGUGCGUCCACAUAUGUGUGUGUGUGUGUGUGUGUGUGUGUGUGUGUGUGUGUGUGUUUGUGUGUGUAUGAGUGUGUGUUUUGAGAGAGUGAGGGUGGACGAUAAAAGAUAUAGCUAGACGAAGGGGCAUGCAGGAAAGUCACUAGUUACCAUUGUAUUAACAAUUAUGUUUAAUAAAGUUUUAUGUUGACAGACUUGUCAUUUAUUUCGUAUCAACUCCUGUUUCAAUUUUGUAUUGUGUACCCUCAGCAGCAUGAAAGAAAAUGUGAUUCAAAUGUAUCAAAUGCUAAUAAAUAGUUAAAUGUGAA